AGACUCAGAAGUAACCCAGUGCCUGGUGCUAGGUGGAGAGACCAUCACACACACUCCAACAACUAUCUGUGCAGGAAUAUUUUACCAAGAACUCAUCUCACUGAAAGACGUUUAAGUACUUGCUAGGCUAAUCAACAUACUUUGAGUAAUAAAAUUCAGUAAAAAAGUGGAGUAACUUUAAGUGAAUUGAUUCAGCUGGAAUCAGAACUGGUGUGUUGGUAAGAGAGGUGAAACGCAGCCUGCGGUUUUCUGCAGCUUAUCAUCAUUUCACAGAGUUGAAGGUGUCUUCUGUGCUAAACUCCAAACUCCGGGAAAAGUUUCCCUGGCUUACUGGAAUCAAAGCAAAUUGAGGAAAUAAACGCGCUUUUAAAAUGACAAAAAAUGUUUAAUUGGAGUGACUGAGGGACUCGGCUGUCGGUUCGUCCAAAACGGCGAGUGAGAACACGGUCACGUUUGUGCGGUCGCGAGCGUUCAAACUGCGCCUUUGCGCAACAGCCGCCUCGUUUGGAGGAGUCCGGUCAGUGCACAAAGACAGCGCCGGAGAGAGAGCAGCCAUACAGCCACAGCCGCCGUCUCCACAGCCACUCGGCUAAAUCCGCCGCCGGAACUCCAAAGUUGUACCUCGCGAAAGCCGACGCUACGUAGAGCCUUUUAACAAAGAGGUCUGCAAGAUGGAGGAAACUGACACUGAAGUGACCCCAGUCAACGACAAGUGCUGUCAGACCGAAACACUGUGGCACUGCAGUUGCCAGCCGGCUCCACAACAAGAGGGCUGUGACCAACCGCAAGUGCAUAUUAUUGAGCCAGGAGACCCGCCUCUACUUCAAAAGCAGCUCCAGACUUCUAAGUCAGGAAUUCAACAAAUAAUUGAGUGCUUUCGCUCAGGUACGCCCCAGCUAAGACACAUGUUGUUGAAGGAAGUCGACACCAUCUUUGAGUGCAGGCUUUGCCGAAGUCUUUUCCGUGGUCUACCCAAUCUGGUCACACACAAGGAGUUCUACUGCCUUUCUGGACACCAUGAGCAAGACGAUUCUUCUGAACCAAACAAGCAGAACCAGGCUGUCAAAGAGCUUCUAGAGGCAAUCUAUCCACAAAGAGACAAGCAGGAACAUGUGAUUCAGCUGGAGACAAUAGAGACCAACCCCAAUGCUGUGUUCCAACACCUGUCUGUUGAGGAUUAUGAGAAUGAGAAUGAGACCAUGUCCACUAAUUCCCAUCAGCCAGACCCUGGACCACAGAAACAGCAUCGCCGCAAGUCUUCUGUAGCCCCGAAAAAGAUUGAACAGCACGACAUAGAGGACACAGAUGAUGACAUGGAUACAGCAUCUGAUAAAUCUCCAGAUAGAGAAGAUGCAAAAUCAGAAGAAAUGGGCGACAAAGAACAGGAUAAGAGGGUGGAAAAUGAAGGGGAAGCUGCCCCUGAGAUGAAGGAAACAAGGAUAUCUUGCUGCCUCUGUCGAAAGGACUUCAGCUCAAGGAGCAGCAUCCGCCGUCACUGCCGCAAGAUGCACCGGCAGAAGCUGGAGGAGUUGUGCAAGUUCACCGAAACACGCACAGUGCCCAUCAGCUUGCUGUCUAUGGUAAAGACCAAGCGUGCAGAAGAUCCUCCACCAGCUACUGGGAAGAGUUGCCCUGUCUGCCAAAAGUCCUUCGCUACCAAGGCUAAUGUCCGUCGGCAUUUUGAUGAGGUGCACCGAGGACUGAAGCGAGACUGCAUUACACCUGACAUUGCCACCCGACCUGGCCAACCACUUUUGCUUGAGGGUUCACCAGUCCCUCCAAAACAACCCAGCUCCUUCACAAAGCAAGACCAACAAGAGGUCAACCUUACAACAUCUCGGUGCAGGCUGUGUAGAAGGAAAUACAGCUCACAAGUCAUGUUGAAGAGGCAUAUGCGCAUUGUCCAUAAGGUUCACACGUUGGAAAACGGCUCAACCGCCAGCCGUGCUGUCUUCCCCAGAAAAAACAAAAUGAAGACUGAACCUGAUGAGGAGGUUUGCUCUGGAAAAAGUGGUCUUCCUUCCAGUGCAUCCUCUUCAGCUGAUGCAGAUAAGAGCACAGUGUGCUCGCCAUCAAAGCCUAAAGUCACAGAGGACAGUGGAAACCUCCCGUUAAGUUUUGACUUCAAGCAGAUGUACUGUUGGCUAUGCAAGCGACAGUUCAGCUCCAGUCAGAACCUGACCAAGCACAUCACCGAGCUGCACAUGGAUGGUAAUGACAGCAUCUACAUCAAGUUUUAUGGGUGUCCUAUCUGUAGAUACGAGUCACGGCGGAAGCGGGAUGUCAUCCGUCACAUUACCGUGGUUCACAAGAAGUCCUCUCGCUACCUGGCCAAGAUCAUGCCGAUCCUGGAGAGUCGUGCUGUGAAGAAACCAGCUGAGGUUGUGCUAAAUAGUAGUGGGAAGAGCGUGUCUUCAAAAGAAGACAUCUCUGGAAAGCACCACAGUCCAUCAUCCAGCACACUAACAACAUCAGACCAAGCAACUCCAUCCAAAAUGAGUCAGCAGAACUCCUCUUGGUCGCCUGGUAUAAAGAAAAGCGAGUCCUCAGUCUACCUGAAUACUCGUAAGAAUUCUGCCCUUACGUCUCUUAACACCACAAAUCAUGAGCAGGAACAUUCACAGCCCACCAAAGUAUGUAAACAAGAGAAGAAACCUCAAGAGCCAAAGAAUCCACAUGUUACCCGGAGCCACAAACCCAUGAAAGGACCUCCCAUCACUAGAAGCCAGGAGUCUAGCACAGAGGUGAGGGUUACUAAGAACUUUUCUCUGCAUGGAUGUGACAUGUGCAGUCGGGCAUUUGCCAAGAAGGUUUUCCUUGAGACGCACAGACGAAGCCAUAAAACCAGUGUCAAUACCCCAGCUGGAGGCACUAAAGUACAGGGAAGGAGUACUCGGUCAAAGGCACUGAUAUGAUAUUCACAUCCAUGUAAAUGACACAUGCUCACUGGAAUGUAUAGAUCUUCAGCAAAUAAAACGCAGCAGCAUAGGGAUGGAAAACUUUACCAGAAGCAGAAUGGCUUUUAAGAGGAAGGAUCAUUGCAAAUCAUGAGGAAAAGAACCUGCACUGAAUGUUCUGGUUUUGUACUGCAGAGGGUGCUGCGACCAAACAUUUCUUAUCCUCUAACACAGAAGUUAUAGAUUGUUCUCAACCAGUUACAGUUACUGAGUUACAUGAAUUUGAAGGAUAUCUCAUUUUAUUUUUUGAGUAGUCUGUUGACAAUACACUUUACUUUUAAUGAAGUGCAGAAUACAGUUUAACUUAGUUACACGUGGUUACUCAUCUUCAUUGUUGAUCACAUCUCAACCUUUGCUCUAGACCACCAGUAUGUCAAAUAGAGAGCGUUGUCACAAAUGAAACAUUAGUUUUAACAUCAGUAUGUUCCCUUUGACUUGUGGACUUGUAGUGAUAUUCUGUUGAUGGUUUAAAAUGAAAAUGGCUCAUAUAAAUCAGAGUACUUUGCUUGUACAGUUGGAGAUAACUCAUCUGACCUGCUGUUUUUACUUAGUUGUUGCAGGGCUAACUGAGUUGAGUUGAUGCUUUAAAGUAGCUUAACAGUACAUUUAUUUUAUGCUUUUUGACUAGUCAACCCUCUGAUUGUCAUAGAAUUGUAGCCUAUAUAACAUUUUAAUUAGAUUUGCCUAAUGAACUAAUCAGUAAAAAAACUAAACAUUGUACAUUCAGGUCCAUUUCUAUUUUUUCUUGUUCUCUCUGAAACGGAUCAGUGAAUGAAUACUGGAACAGAUGAUGUACUUGUCUCUUUAUGUAAUUUUUUGGUUUGCUUUUAGUUUACACUGCUCAGAUGUAAAAGCUUGCUUAACUGUAAAUGCUCUGCAAACACUUUGGGUAGAUAUUUGAAUGAAUAAUUUUCCUUAAGCUCAUUUUAAUAUGUUAAUAUUGCAUAUAUAAGUAGGACUGCUUACAUAAAAAAAUUAAAGCUGCACUGUGCAGUUCUAUUUAGCAAACGUUAGAUAACAGCUAAAAAACCAGUAGGUGAGGAAUCCACCCUCUCUCUCUGCCCUCACUCCAAAUUCAUGCAUGCAUAUUACUUCUGACAGCCCUGCCCCUAACCUUACACAUGCCCAAACCCUUCCUCUGGAAAAUCUGUUGCAUGGCUUACAUUUGCAGAAUUACAGUAAAGUUAAAAAGCUUUUAUAUUAUAUUUGAAAAUAAUAAGUAACCAGCCAAUUGAUUUCAUGUGCAACAUUUAACUAUUUUCUUAUUAGUGGUCAAACCGAACGCAAAUAAAAUUUUGUCUGGGGAAAAAAAAAGGCCAAUCCAUUAAAAUGAGAACUAAUGUGAAAACGUAUCACAAAAAGUCAUUUGUUUUUGGAAGGUGUUUAUUUUGCUAUGCGCUGUGUUAAUCGAAUUGAACUUUACCCCCACAGGUUCACAGACCUGAGAAGCUUCAGCUAAUCGCCUCUGUCCAAAAUUGAUGCAUUUGGUGCAAAUAUGUUUAAGUUCUUGAUCAUAGGGACAGUCACAGACUUUUUCUCAGAGAAUCUACAUUAUUGAUAGCAGUCAGAAUGUAAAAAAAAAAAAAAGUUCACCUUAUUGUUAAAAAAAAUGACACAGUGCAGCUUUAAUCCAUAUCUGCCAUUCCACAAUGAAUGAAAAUGCUGCUAAUCCUUUUGCAUUAUAACUACUGUUUGUGCUCAUGUUUCUGCUUCCCUUUAAUGAGUCAGUGCUGCUCAGGUUGUGCUAAGACAAGUUUUUCAAAGGAGUAUGACUGUUUGAUAAUAUCUAAUAAGAAGUUGCAACUGUGAUCAAAAGGUUAAUUAGAUACUACUGCAUCUGUUUUGUACAAUGUUGCUCUUAUUAGCUAACAGUUAAAAAUAUAUCUAGACCUAAAAAUCACCUCUGUCUACUUUAGUAUGUAAUGAUUAAUUACAGUUAUUUGAGUGAGUGUAAUGGGUGAAAUGAAGUGCAAAUCUGUCUUGGCGUGCAUAACGAAUGCUUCUGCUUGAUACUAUGUACAUUUAUGAAAUAAAUUGUAACAUUUUAAAAGGUAAUUGGCAAGACUUGUACUGUAUAUAUAAAUACACAAUACUUGCAUUCCUAUCCCUGCUUCACUAGAAAUAACUUUGGUCAAAUAAAGAUUUUAAAACCA